AUGGUGGCAUGUGCCGAAAGAUUAGGUGUGCCCCGUGGCUCUGGGAUGCUCAGGCAAGCGCUGCAGGCUGUCGCGUUUCGCAGCGAGGAGAAGAUCGUCGCCAGAUUGAAGUACUUGAAGAAUACGUUCGGGUGGUCUGAUGCUGAAGCAAGCAUUGUUGUGCGCAGGUAUCCGGCGGUGCUGGGGAAGUCAAAGGAAUCUUUGAAGUGCAGGUCUGAGUUCCUGCUCUCUGAGGUGGGGCUGGAACCCAUGUCCAUUGCUCAUCAACCUGUAAUUCUCAGUCUUAGCCUGGAGGGCCGGCUGAGACCCCGGUACUAUGUUAUAAAGUUUCUCAAGGAAAAUGGACUGCUAGAUGGUGACCCGAGCUUCUUUACUGCGGUCAAGAUGACUGAGAAGGUAUUUAUGGAGAAACUCAUAUCCCCUCACAAGGAAGCUGCACCACACCUCGCUCAAGACUAUGCAACAGCUUGCAAAGGGGAAGUGCCAACUAAUUUCAUAUUUAGAUGGACCAGGAACAGGCUAUGA